AUGUCGAAUCUGAUGCACAAAGUCAAGGAUGCCUUAACUGGCCAUCAUGAGUCGGAGAACCAGCAGUCCUCGUCCAAGCAGGACUCGUAUGACUCCAACAGGGCGUCCAUGAACGAGGCUCGUGAUACCGGUCGUGAUACGUACGGCUCGACAAAAGAUUAUGGCUCGAGCAGCUACAAUGAGGGCACCAAGGGUUCGGGCAAUAAGUACGACUCGUCGAAUCUGGGAUCAGAUACCUAUGGCUCUGGCAGAAUGGGUGAUACCCAUGGCUCUUCCAACAUAGGAUCUGAUACCUAUGGCUCCUCCACUGGCACGGGCAACUAUGGCUCUGGCACGCACGACGCCCAGAUGGGCAACAGGAUGGAUGAAACCCGCGACACGAUGGAUUCCGGCAAGUACGGUUCCAGCGGUUACGGCUCUGGUACUACCAAGCAGACUCACGACACUCUGGGCUCGUCUACCAUGGACCCGAGCAAGCACGGCUCUAGCGGCUACGGCUCUGGUAACCAGAAGCACACCGGUGACACACUCGGAUCCAGCGGCUACGGCUCUGGCACCCAGAAGCAGGGCAGCGAUACUCUUGGAUCCAGCGGCUACGGCUCGGGUAUGCAGGACACCCGUCAGGGCAUGGGUGGCUCCACGAUGGACCCUAGCAACUAUGGGUCUAGUGGCUACGGCUCGGGUAUGCAGGACACCCGUCAGGGCAUGGGUGGCUCCACGAUGGAUCCUGGCAACUAUGGGUCUAGUGGCUACGGCUCGGGCACGCAGAAGCACACCGGCGACACACUCGGAUCCAGCGGCUACGGCUCUGGCACCCAGAAGCAGGGCAGCGAUACUUUUGGAUCCAGCGGCUACGGCUCGGGCAUGCAGGACUCCCAGAGGCAGACUGGCACCUACGGUGGCUCCGCAUUGGACUCCAGCAACCUUGGAUCCAGCGGCUACGGCUCUGGCACCCACAAGCAGGGCAGCGAUACUCUUGGAUCCACUAGGGACUCGGGCACUUAUGGCUCCCACGCUGGAACUGGAAACUACGGAUCUGGCGCCGACACCUAUGGCUCGGGUACCACCGGCGGCUAUGGAUCGAGUAACAUGAAGAGUGGCACGACUGAAUCGAAGAUGGGCAACAAGAUGGACAGCGAGCUCGACAACCGCGGCUACGGAGGAACCACCGGAUCUCGCCAGACAGGUGGCGACACCUACGACACCACCGCUCGCGACUACGGCACCACCGGAGGGUCCACUGGAGACAAAUAUGGUAGCGGCACGAAGACCUACAACACGCGCUCCUCGGCCAACAAAAUGGAUAAUCGCGCUGAGCAGGAGCUCAACAGCCGGACCGGCCAGCAGGGAAGCUUCGCCGCCGGUAAUGCGAAUGCCUCUGGCUCCAGCGGCAAGCGACGGACUUCUGGUCCUCACAGCUCCAGCCUGCUGAACAAGCUUGAUCCUCGAGUUCGCAGCUCGGAUUAUGAGAACCAAAACACGGCUGGUGACCAGCGAGGUGGAUUCUAA